AUGUCAACUCCAAUUAAUCCAGAGAAUGUCUCAAAGAGUGGUACAUUUAGAAGGGGCCCAAAUAGAACUAAAUCUACAGUAUCUAUUUUUCAAGCAUUCGAUAAUCCAGAUCAAAAAACAUUAAAAACAGCUCAACAAAAAUUAUAUAAUAUACCAUCACAAAAAUCAGAAGAUUAUUUACAAAAGGUUAAACCAAGAGAAACAACAGGUGAACCAGUAUUUUUUAGUGGUGAUGGUGUAUUUUAUGAUAUAAAUUAUGUACCAGUAUUUACACAUAAAUUACCAGAAAAAGGUAGUUUAAAUAAUAAUAAUAACAAUAGUAAUAAUAAUCAAACAGGUAGUUCAGCAUCAGCAGAUAAUAUAGAAUCAAAUGAUACAGAGAAUAAUGAAAAUGGUAAAGAAAAAGAAGAGGAUGAUGAUGAGGAGGAUGAGGAUGAAGAAGAGGAAGAAACUUUACAAGAACAAUUAGUUCAUCUUUAUAAUUCAAUUCCACAAAUUGAUGAAUUUGAAAACUUUUUCGAUUAUGAACAAGCAUUUUUAGAUUGGAAAUAUGCUGUUGAUCAAAUUUUUGACAGAACUCGUUUACCAGUAAUCACUGGUCGUGCUUAUUAUCGUCCAAAAUUAUCAGAUUUUCAAAAAAUGUAUAGAGGAACUUCAACAUUUGGUGAUUAUAGACCUUCAGUUUCAAGUUUUUCAAUUGAAGGUGGUAGUGGUAGUAUUGGUGGUGAUGGUGAUGAAAAAAGUGAUCCAUUAAAUAGUGAAAUUGAAGAUGAUACAGCAGAACAUAAUUAUAAUGAAUUUAGUUUAUUAAAAGAUCAAUUAGAGAGUUCAAGUGAACCAUGGGAUAGUUUAUUGAUACCACAAGAACCACAACCAAUCGAUUAUAAUACAUUUGAAGAGUAUGAUGAUGCAUUGAUGAGAUGGGCAUCAAUUUGUUCACAAUUACCAGUAUUCCCACCACAUCCAUCACAAUUGAAAGAUUUAAUACCAAUUCAAUCGAUUGCAGAAUCACAAAUGAAUAAUAUUGGUGAUAUUAUAGUUGAACAACGUUCGAAAUCACAAAGAGAUGCAGAUGGGUCCAAUUCAUUGGCAAAUCAGUCGGUUAUUAAAUCUGGUCUUUAUGAGAUGGUGUUUAUGGAUUUACAAUUACCUUCAUCCAAUUUAACACGUCAACAAGAUCAACAAAAGAAAUUAGAGAUUGAGUUGGAGGAGAAGGAGCAAAAGAGAAAGUUACAAUCACAAUUGAAUGAUUUGAUCGCUCGUAACAAUAGUAGAGUUUCACCAGCCAUUUCAACCAAACCAAUGAUAACGGUGGAUCAAGAUACAAAACAACGUAUUCAACAAGUUAUACAACAGCUAUUGGACAAGAGGGAGAAGGCAUGGAGAGAGACCGGCGAGAGACAGAUGAUAGCGGGUGGUCAAGAGCAAACUUUAAUCUCUCGUACCUACGUUGCACCAUUCAUUGCCAAAAUACAUGGCACUCACGAUUCGUCGGCAUUGCUAUCGUCAACUCAACAACAAUCAAUAUUCAACUCAAAGAAUGAUGCUUUGAGAAGAACAGAUUUAACAUCGAAACAAAUUCAUGACAAUUAUGAUUGCCCAACUCGUGUUUGUGGCAUGCCUGUGAAAUUCUUGGUGCCCCAUUACGACCUUGUUUUCGAGCCAACCAAAUGUAUACCCGAUUCAGUGUAUCAACAGAAUUUAAUUCAACAAUUAAAGGUGUUCCAUUAUGGUGGCAGACAUAACCAACUCUACAGCUGGUAUCAUCCAAUGGUGCCACCUGAAGAACACCAAAAACAUAAGGAGGAGAUCGAUUUCAUCAUUAUGUCUCAACAAAGAAUCACCAAAGAUAAAUUAAACAUUCAAAAUAUCUCUGAUAUACUCUAUGGUGAUAUGUAUUUAGAUAAGUUCUCUGACCUAUUGGAUUCGUCAUUUAGUGAGGAUUUCGAUGGUGGUAAAUCUUAUGCAACCGUAAUCACCAAAUCAAUCACACCCGACAAUAUUCAAGAUCUAUUGGCAUUGUUGGAGCAAAGUAAAUCACCAUUGUUUCAUGCUAAACUUAGUUUCUUGGUUAUGAAUUUCUUUAGUGGUAAUAAAGGUUCAAACAUUUUAGAGAAACUAAUUGCCAAUAGGGAUGUCAAGAAUCUUUCAUUGCUCACCUACUCUUUCGAUUUCAUUACAGAGGUACCAACCGAACUAAUUCCAUGGUCUGAUGAAACCAAUCUUUUGGUUAAAUCAAUAUUGGGUGAUUCAAUUGAGGUACUUUGGAAAUUGAUAUUUUGCUAUUACUAUCUAAAUGUGAUUGGCAAGGUAUUGGAUAUUCAUGUACAUCUUUAUUAUUCAAAAUCAAUUAUCAAUCAAAGUAAAGUUUCAAUCACUCAUUCAAUUGCAACUCUACUUCAAACAAAUACACCAAACAUUUUGGAUAAGAUUUUCACUGGUAUCAGUCAUCGUAGUAAAACCGUAUCCUCAUUUUGUUUGUUCAUUCUAUUGCAAUUGAUGAGUAAUCAAGAGGGUUUGGCUGUACAUAAUUGUUUGAAAGCAGAGAAUUCCAAUCUUUAUGGUCGUGUAAAGAAGAUUUGUGAUAGUAAAUUAAAACAUGUUCAAUUUGCUGCAAGAAGAUUAUUCUCUGUAUUUGCCAAAGCUCCUUGGGUUGAUUUCGUCUAUAAAGAGUAUAAUAAAGAUCCAGAGCAAUGUUUAUCAGUUUGUGAUUUCAUUGGUAAUGACGAGAAGAAACCUUCGUCAUUACUUUUGGAAAUGUUAUUGGAAUUCUUUACAACAUCAUUAGAUCGUACGAUUGAGGCUGCAACUGCAUCAUUACCAAUUUCAAACACUUCUUCAUCCUCCUCACCAUCUUCAUUAUCAUCGUCGAUGGGUGGUGGUAGUGGUGGCAGUAUGAUGGGUGGUGGCAGUGGCGGUGGUGGCAGUAUGAUGGGCGGCAGUGGUAGUAGUAUGGGCAGUCUAAUGAAUAACACACCACCAUUAUCACCAGUUGGUUCACCACCAGUCUCAAUGUCAAGUAGCUUUGGUGGUAACACUCCAAAUAUAACAAUUGGUAUUAAAAAUAAAUUUAGUUUUGUAUUGGAUGGUGCAUUAUUCCAUCAUUUAUUAGCUCAUAUCAUAAAGAAUAGUAAAGUUUCAAGUUAUCAAAUGUAUGUAAUCUCGGCACUUUUAUCGAAAUUGGCAAAGACUCACUUUAAGUUGGGUACAAUUCAAGUUAAUCAAAAUUCAGUUAAAACCAGUCAAAAGAAAUGGGGUCAUCCAAUGUUGUCACUCUCACCAAUCGAUAUUCGUAAUAUGAGUAGUAAAAUGAAUGAUCCAGUUCCAGGUCAAUAUCAAUAUCCAAUUAAAUCAAAUAUGUUAUCAACGAUUCGUUCCUUAUUGAAAUUCUCAAUGGUAUUCGAUGUCGUAAAGAAAGAGGAUGAUUUCUACACUCGUCUAUUGGUAUUCUGUAAAGAUGGUGUCUCUGCAGAAUUCAAUCGUCAAGCUUGGUGUUUACUCUAUCAAAUAAUGAGACAUCAUAUCGGUACCAUAGAAUCAUUGAUAAAGGAUAAUAUAUUAUCAGGUUUCUUAGAGAUGAUGGGUACAUCCUCUCAUCCAACCGUAAUUUGCCACAGUUUACAUUAUAUCACUAAAAUGUUUAACAUUGCAGAGAUUGAAACAAAGAAUCCAAAACGUACUAAAAACGAUGCAAAAAUCAUUGAAAAAGAUAAUAAAUUACUCAAUAGUCUAUUCAAAGAUAAAACUUUAUUCAUUAAAGUUCAUAUGAUUUACAAGAAAUAUAAACCUGAAAUGUCUGGUGUUAGUUCAAAAGAAAGUAAUAAUAAUAAUAAUAGUAACAAUAGUAAUAAUAAUAACAAUAAUAAUAAUAAUAAUAAUAAUAAUAAUUCAACCAUUUCACAACAAAACAAAGGAAAACUUGUUGAUAGAAGUGAAACUGUUAAUAAGUUUGGUUUGGCUUUCAUUGAAUUGGCUAAAUUUUAUUAUCUUUUAAAUACUUCUCCACAUUGUGCAAAACUUUUAAAAGAUACACUCAAAAAGGAAGAAUACAAAGAAGGUCUUCGUGAUCUCUAUGAAAUGUUUUUAUCAAAAGAACAACUCAUCUCAAAUAAUACUCCAAAUAGUGGUACCACUAGUGUUAAACAAAAUUCAACUGGUUCAACUCCAAAUAAUGGUUCUCCUGUUAUUACACCUUCUUCAAGUACUAAAAAUGAACAAAGUGGUAGUCGUAGUAUAUUUGGUAAAAUUGCUACAAAAUAUUCAAGUUUUUCAUCAAAAUAA